GUCAAAAAUCUCUGUAAACAACAAAAAGAUACAAACGUAUGUAUAUACAUUUUAGAAACUUAUUUUCUGCGUUUUGCAAUUGCCAAAAAGAUUGCUCAACUGCACAAAAAAAGCUUUUAAGCUUAGCCACAUUUUACUCUCGCUCUCAGCGAUCUUAGCCAAAAUCAAAAAAAAACAAAAAAACCAAAACAAAAAACUUGAAUUCAGUUUAUAGCCAGUUGUGAAGCGAAAACCAAGCGGAAGAGACGAAACGAAACGGAACGAGCAAAAGUGACGAGGCAAGCUUAAACCUAAAAUUGUUAAAGCAAACAAAAGAGAAACAACAACAACAAAUAGAUAGGAACAACAACAACAAUUACUAGUAAAUUAAAAGAACCUGAAUCACAGAGAGAUUUGAAGCCGAACUUCGUACUUGGCAUUUUAGAUACAUCACACAAUGGAUCAGAAAAGGGCCAUGUUGUAUCCGCAAGUGGAUAAUGCCACAGCACCGUCAGCGCCAUUGCCAACGCCAUCCGUAAUGGUGGAGGCGCCACCGUCAUACGAUGUGGCAAUAGCCGUUCCACCAAUAAUAGUUCAACCCCAACCACAGCAACUACCACUGCACCCACUGCAACUACCUCAGCAACAGCAACAACAACAACAACAACAACUUGAGCCAACAGUGGUACAUACAGGACCUUUAAAUUUGGGACCCAAUCGGUGUAGAGUGCUGUGUCCUGCCUGUGGAGUCGAAAAGACCACCCGAAUGACUUAUACAGCCAAUUCUCGUACACAUUUUAGUGCUGGUUUGCUUUGUCUAAUUGGCUGGUGCUGCUGUGCUUGUUUUGUUCCCUAUUGCAUGAAAAGCUGUCGCACAGGCAAUCAUUAUUGUCGCAAAUGCAAUACUUUUUUAGGCUCCUACAAUCCUCAGGGAGUGAAGUGAAAUUGCGAAGAUCUCUGAUCUCUGUUUAGCUUUUGAUAAGAUACGCAAUCUUUUAUAUAGAUAUGUAGUUGUUGUAAUUGUGGCCUUGGGCCAGCGUAGGUGGCAGCAUCAUCAUUAUAACUAAUUAAUAAAGCUU